AUGGCUUCUUCAGAGACUACAUCCACCGCUCCUUAUCUGCCCAUAUUCUCUCCUCCCCGCGAUUUACCUUUAAUCGGUUUCGACUUGGCCAAAUCCGUACUAUCGCCAAAGACGAAUCUGCAGUCUCGCUCACCGGUCCCUUCGGUUCCGCCCAAGUCUGGGCAGAGGGCAGCCGUUCCGUCUGUUUCGGCGAGGAAGACGUGCCUCUGCUCGCCCAGCAAUCAUCCAGGAGCGUUCCGUUGCAGUCUCCAUAGGAAUUGCCCCCCUUCCUCUUCCUCCGCUUCUACCAUUGCUCAGCUGCAUAUGCGCAGAUCGGCCAUGAAAAACUCGUUGGUGAGAAUCGGUAGCGUGGAAGGAGGAGAAUGGAUGAAGAAAGCGCUUAUCCGUCCUUCCUCUCGUGAAGUAAGAAGGAGAGCGUCGUUCCACCCGCAGCCCAGCAGGCUACGCCAUAUGACCACGGCGGAAGACGCGGCCGUUUCCUAA